AUUGUUUUCAUCUCAUUUAGUAUUUCCGUAGUGUGUUACGAGUUCAGAGAGAGGGGUGGCUGGCUAUCGCGGUGCGCGCCGAACCAGAACAAUUACCAUUACAAUUACAAUUACAAUCGAAUUAGUCUGAGAUGGAGGCAACACGAACACCAGCGGCAGCGGGUUCGGAUCCUGUGGCGGAGGAGGAGGAGGAGGAGGAUGAUUCUUCCUCCACAGUCCUCGACCUCACCAGCUUCCAGCUCCACGAUCUCGAGUCAGUCGAGUUGCCCCUGAGUCUCACUGAGUUGGACCUCACUGCGAACCGUUUGUCCAGCUUGGACUCUCGGAUUGGGACCCUCUCCAACCUCAAAAAGCUCUCUUUCCGCCAAAACCUAAUCCACGAUAACGCCCUCGAACCCAUCUCUCGUUGGGACGCCUUGUCGGCUCUCGAGGAACUGGUGCUUAGGGAUAAUAAGCUGAUGAAAAUUCCUGAUGUCAGUAUAUUUAAGAAGCUUCUGGUUUUCGAUGUUUCUUUCAAUGAAAUUACUUCCUUACAUGGGCUGUGCAAGGUCUCCAACACACUCAAGGAACUCUAUGUAUCCAAAAAUCAAGUUAGCAAAAUAGAGGAGAUUGACCACUUCUAUGAUCUGCUCAUUCUCGAACUUGGCUGCAACAGAUUACGGGUAAUGGAGAACUUUCAGAACUUAACAAAUUUACAGGAGUUAUGGCUGGGACGAAAUCGCAUCAAAGUAGUAAACCUAUGUGGUUUAAAAUGCAUCAAGAAGAUUAGCUUGCAAAGCAAUCGUUUAACUUCUACGAGAGGAUUUGAGGAUUGUGUUGCCCUUGAAGAACUAUACUUGAGCCAUAAUGGUAUUGCUAAGAUGGAAGGCCUAUCAUCUUUAGUCAACCUCCGGGUUUUGGAUGUAUCAUCAAAUAAGAUAACACAAGUGAAUGACAUUCAAAACCUGACACAGUUAGAAGAUCUAUGGCUUAAUGACAAUCAAAUAGAAUCAUUUGAAGACCUUGCUGAGGCUGUUGCUGGUUCAAAAGAGAAGCUCACCACUAUCUACUUAGAGAACAAUCCAUGUGGCAAGACUCAAAACUAUUCUGCCACACUGAGAGGAAUCUUCCCAAACAUCCAACAAAUUGAUUCUGAUGUAUUUGCUUAAAAGUUUUUUGUGGCUAUAACUUUUCUCAGGACCUUUGUAGUUGAAAGCCCCGGCCAGAAGUAAUAAUCCUACAUUAGUUAGUUCUUCUGCAUGCUUUUUGCAGGGUUUUAAUGGAAUGUUGCUGCCUUCAGCUAAUAGGCUGAGUGUUCACCAAUCAGGCUUGCAGGCAAAAUGAGGUUUCAGAGGUUACUUAAAAGGAAUGGUGGUUUGAUAGGAACACCCUUGAUACAGGAAAUUGUAUACUGAUCAAGCAUGGGAUAUUCUAGACUCAUAUGCUUGCUCAUUGGUUAUGAGGCAUAUAAGAUGCUUUUAACUAAUGUUUCUUGAGACCACCUUCUUCUUCCUCAUUUCCUACUGGUCAACUUUUGAGUUUAAAGUAAAUUUGUUUCUUUGUUAUGGUUGUUUUUAGCAACUUUUUUUAGUUAUUCUGUUAUGGACGAGGAUGUAUGAUGAAAUGCUCUGACCGCAUAAAGAUGUAAUUAGUAUUCGAAACUUCAUUUGGAGGAUCUAUAAAGAUUUAUUUAGCA